UACGCACUUCUUCUGGCGCCAGCUGAGGCAGCCAUAAAGCGGUGCCAUGGAUAUCCUGGACGUCCUCGGAGGGUUCGGCACUUACCAUGCCCUCAUGGUAUUUCUGGUUGUUCUGCGUGCCUUCCCUACGGCUUGGACCAACAUGAUGACGCCAAUCAUAGCGCCCGACAUGGACCACUGGUGCGCACGCCCCGAGGACGUACCUGUGUCUGUGGCCAACAUGAGCAGCGACGAGUGGAAGUCGUGGGCAGUACCCCGGGUGGACCAAGGCUUCGAUCGGUGCCACAUGUACCGGGUGUACGAGGCCUCCAAUGGUUCCUGGGCGGUGGACAGGAACCAGACACUCCGCUGCGACCGAUGGGAGUACGACACCUCUGUUUACGAGAGCACCAUCGUAAAUGAGUGGGACCUGGUGUGCGGCCGCGGUUACCACCGGUCGGUCACGCAGAGCGUGGUUAUGGCGGGCGCCCUCGUCGGCGUGCUGCUUUUCGGCGAAAUGUCCGACCGCCUGGGCCGCCGGCCGACGUUCUUCACGUGUGUGCUGAUCAUCACGACGUUCGGGUCGCUGUCGUCGCUCGCGCCCGCUAUCGGCUGGUACAACGCGGGCCGCUUCGUCGUCUCCAUGGGCGUCGCCGGGUGCCAGGCCACCACCGUCUCUCUUCUGAUGGAGAUCAUGCCCCCGCAGUACCGGAUGAUGAUGAACGUGGGCUUCGGCAUUGGCUACACGAUUCCGCUGCUGCUGCUGCCGCUGUUGGCGUACCACAUCCGCGACUGGAGUUACCUACAGUUGACCACGGGCCUGUCGGGGCUCCUGAUGAUGCCUUUCUGGUUCUAUCUGCAAGAGUCUCCACGCUGGCUGCUUACGAAGGAUCGCAUCGAGAGCGCCGAGCGGUCUCUGGUUCGCAUCUUAAGGAUCAAUCGACGGCCCGUGCCUGACAUGGACCAGAUCAUGAGUGACCUCGCUCUCUUCGCAAAAUCGGAGUCAACAAAGAACGCGACAUUUCACUUCGUGGAUUUCUUCAGAACGCCGAAAAUGCGAAGAAAUACUUUGGUUCUGUUCGCGAUUUGGUUCAUGGGCUCGUUCGUGUACUACAACCUGGUGCUCUCCUCGACCAGCGCACCUGGCAACCCGUACAUGAACUACGCUAUUUCGUCGGCCGGCGAGAUCCCGGCCGCACUGCUGGGGCUGUGGAUAGCUCGACGAUGGAGUCGGCGCCGUUCUCAGGCAUUCUUCCUGCUGCUCGCAGCGUUCGCCCUGGCACCAUUGCCCUUCUUGCCUAAAGACAGUCCUAGCUGGGUAAAGAUCGGCUCCAACGUGCUGGUGCGGUUCCUGGUGCUGAACGCGGGCUUCAUCAAGUGGAUCAUGGCGCUCGAGGUGUUCCCCACGUCAGCCCGCAGCUUCGGCUUCGCCUGCGUGCUCACCUGCUCACGCUGCGGUGCCAUGGUGGCGCCUUUCCUCCGGGACCUGGCUGAAGUCACAGAUCCGGCCGUUCAGUUCGUGUUCCCGGCGCUGUUUCUGCUGAUCUCGGCUGGAAUCAGUCUCCUCUUGCCUGAAACACUGAACAAGCCACUGCCUGACACCUUCCACGAGGCAGAGAGCCUAGACAGAAAGAAAUUACCCAAGACACCAAAGCCGCUGGUGGAGUACAAGCUGACAAGUACCGCUGCGUGAACACUGCGAAAGGCGCUGUGCCAACGUCCGCUCUACGAGGCAUCAUUGUGCGCGGUGACGAUUAUGUGUCACAUUGUCACCACAACAGGUUGUGGCAGUGCAGAGUGGAAAAUAAAGUAUAUCCGCGUUGCGCAA